CACAGGCAGAGUGCACUAGAGUCAACCAUUGAUCCGAAGCAGACUUGUGGUCAUUUAUGUCUGCCCCCCCCCCCUCCCCCCACUGCACAGUGUGCUGAGAUAAGAAUCCGGACAGUCCGGCCACAUGGAGAAACGACAGCAGAUGAAAGACGCCCUGCAGCGCUGCAUAGACCAGCAUAAAGACGAGCUGCACAGUUUGAGUAGGGACAUUUGGAGUCGACCUGAACUCGCAGGAGACGAGACAUACGCGCACGAUAGGCUGGUCCGCUUCUUCUCUCAGGACCAGGCAUGGACGGUAGAAAGUCACUACAAACUACCGACCGCAUUCCGGGCCAGAUGGGAUCCGGUCGGUGUCGGGGAGGGAGAGCCGGGGCUGAACGUGGGGUUUCUGUGCGAGUACGACGCGCUUCCGGAUAUCGGACAUGCGUGCGGGCACAACCUCAUAGCAGAGGUGGGAGCUGCCGCCGCUAUGGGGCUCAAAGCUGCUUUAGAAAACCAGACUGGACUCCCUGAACCAGUGAAGAUAACAGUUCUGGGAACUCCUGCAGAGGAGGCUAUAGGAGGAAAGAUUGACCUGAUCAAGGCAGGAGUCUUCGCUGACGUCGACCUCGUCUUCAUGGCUCACCCAGCUCAGCAAAAUGCUUCGUUCCUGCCCUGUGUCGCACUCGAUGAGUUGAUCGUGAAGUACCAUGGGAAGGCAUCUCAUGCUUCUGCAUACCCUUGGGAGGGAGUGAAUGCCCUGGAUGCUGCGGUGCUGGCCUACAACGGCCUCUCUGCACUCAGACAGCAACUCAAACCAGAGUGGAGGCUUCAUGGCAUCAUCAAACAUGGAGGGGUGAAGCCCAACAUUAUCCCUGCCUACACAGAGUUAGAGUUUUAUCUGCGCACGCCGCUGGUUAAGGAUCUUUGUGACCUGAAGGCCAAAGCUGAGGCUUGCUUCAGGGCAGCUGCUGUUGCCACCGGCUGCCAAGUGGAGAUAAUCUGCUCAAACAAUGGCUACUAUAACAUUCUGCCUAAUGCCACACUGGCAAACCUGUAUGAAAAUAACGGAAAAGCUUUGGGGAUUCAGUUUCCAGACGAGCCAGCAAACUUCUCCGGUUCGACAGACUUUGGCAACGUAUCAUUCAUAGUUCCCGGUAUCCAUCCUUUCUUCUACAUCUGCACCGACGCGUUUAACCACACUGAGGAAUACACCGAAGCAGCAGGAGCUGAAAAGGCCCAGUUGUUCACCCUGAGGACAGCCAAAGCCCUGGCUAUGACAGCUGUGGAUGUAGUGUGCUGCCCUGAUCUGCUGAGGCAAGUGAGGGAGGACUUCAGCCUGGCCAAACUCAAACAGGAGAAGUUACUAGAAGACCGCUCCAUGAAUUCAAUGACUUAAAUAAUAAUUACAGAACCGGGUUAAUCAGGGUUGUGUUGGGCUUUAACAAAAAUCCAACAGUUUGUAUGGUUACCGUUGAAGGAUUCAGCUGUAAAAUAACUAAUAAUAACAUUAAUAUUGACUUUAUUAAGGACACAAAGAGAAGAACCAUAGCAUACUAAUAAAAACAGACUAUUUAUACAAAAAAUACAGUUGAUACAUAGCAAUACAAAAGCAGCUUCAUCAUAUUAAAAAGACAGAAAUCAUCAAACUUCAGCCACAAACAAACUACAGCUCGGUGCAGUAAAUAC